AUGGUGAUAGAGGAAUUUAAUCAGGACACAAAAACUCCCUUAAAGAAAUACAGGAGAGAUGCUGAGAAAGCCUAUAUUGAGCAACUUAUAGUAGCAGAGAUCACCAAUGCCUGCUUUGAGCCAGCCAACCAGAUGGUGAAAUGUGACCCUUGCCAUGGUAAAUACAUGCCUUGCUGCCUGUUGUAUCAUGGUGAUGUGGUCCCCAAAGAUGCCAAUGAUGCCAUGGCCACUAUCAAGACCAAGUGUACCAUCCAGUUUGUGGACUGGUACCCCACUGGCUUCAAGGUUAGCAUUAGUUACCAGCCUCCCACUGCGGUAUCCGGUGGUGACCUGGCCAAGGUCCAGAGAACUGUGUGCAUGCUAAGCAACAACACAGCCAUUACUGAGGCCUGGGCUCAACUAAAUCACAAGUUUGAUCUGAUAUAUGCCAAGCAUGCCUUUUUGCACUGGUAUGUAGGUAAAGGCAUGGAGGAGGGGGAGUUCUCAGAGGCCCAUGAGGACAUGGCUGCCCUAGAGAAGGAUUAUGAGGAGGCUGGGGUGGAUAGGAGGGAAGGGGAGGGGCAGGGGAUCACUGUGACAAGUUCAGCUCACAAAGAGUUCAACAGAGAUGACAAAUGCAAGUGGAAGCAGGUUACCAGAAGAAACGGAAUGUGGUCCAAAUGCCAUUACAAAACUGGACCUAAUGCCAAAUCAGACCUAUUGUAG